AUUGACUGCAAUGUCCUGAACAGACAGAUACCUUCAGCUGCUCUACCAAAUCAAGUUGAUGUAGGUAGUAAGCUGGUUACUCCUUAUUAUGGCACGCGACAGUACAUGAACCACAGACCCGUGUCUGGAAUACAACAGCAAUGCCUAUCCGACCAUUCAGUCUACCGCCCAAUCCCUCGCUGGUGGCUGUAAUUCUCAUCAUCCGUACUCGAUCUGGUCCGCGACUCGUCUUCCAUUACCCGGGGAUCCCUGAGGCGAUUCAGCGCAACACAUCAUGGCACUUUGGAUCAGCGAACAGCGACUCAGAGGAUGCUGGCAGUUCGUCGGACGAUGAUCAGACUGUGGUCUCUGAUGACGAGAGUACGACAUCCUCGCGACAGACAGCAAGACCGAGUAUAGUAUCGCAGAGUCGUGGUGUAGGAAGCAUCUCUUCCAAGAGGACGACCCGCACGCUGCACUCGGACGCACCGGAUAAUGACGAAGACGACGAUGACAUCGACAAUUUGGAUGUCGAUCGCAAUGUCUGUGAAUGGGAGAAGCUGCUAGGAUAUCCGGUAGAGGGCCUUGAGAUGAUGCUCUCACCCCCGUCAAGCAUGCACAAGAAACGCUUCGAGGUUAUGCUGGAUGAUCUGGUCUUUCUCGGAUACCCAAUAUUUGUACGCGAUGACGGAACUUGGAAGAAAAAGAAGAGCAAGAGGAGGGCAACAACACAAGAUGGGAAGAGCAGUCAAGGCGGUGACGGCCAAGAGGAGGAAGAUGCGAAUGGCAGCGGUAGUGAGAAUGAGAAUGACGACGACGAAGAAGGUGAAGGCCGUGACAUGUUCAGUCCACCCUUGUCACCCCUCACACCUCGACGACCGCCUCAGUCCUCAGACUUGCCACACAGUUACCGGUCUGAUGCCAACAUGUCUGAGGCUGCUUCAGAGACUGGCAGUGCCAACAGUAACCAAGACGAAAUGACCAUGUUCCACGUCGUCUUCGUUAUGAAUCCACCGGCCCUAGAAUACCACAUUCGUCUGCAGGAAAUGUACGACAAUGUCGUCAAGAAAUUUGCCAAAGCCCUUCGCUAUGAACAAGCUCGCUCAAACGCCAUCUAUCAAGAUGCGAAGAAGAUGCAAUCACUGAAAGCACAAGCAAAAGAGAACAAGACGCCCAUGUCUGUGUUGUGGCCGACUUUGAUAACGCAAUGCUCGCUAGCAAAGGCAAUUGCUAUCUUGUAUACCAGUAUUGCAAACAAUAAGAUUGCCCAUAUUAGUAUCGGCCAAGGCUUCGAAGCGAGCAUCCAGAUUCCACAGGCCAUCUCGACACCCUAUGUGCCUACGCCCACAGAGCCACAAUUACCUGGCUUAUGGCUCACUACCGCAAAUAGCUUAUCCGACGACGGUCAAUCUCUAUCUCCCCAUGCCGCUCUCCUUCUCCUCGAAGACAAAGACAUCAUGCUCAAAGAAGUCGAAGGCGACGGCAAAGACCCAGCCUCUCCCCUCGCCUUCUUCAUCCGCGAAUUGACACCCACCAAAUCUCUCACCAAACUCUCCGCCGCCCUAUCCCUACCACUCUCAGAUGUACAAUUCUUAGCCCGCCACCUGAUUUAUUGGCGCAGAGCUAGAGCUAUCCCACCCCUGCAUAUCAGAGACACUUACAUCGUUUCUCCCAAUUGCGAUAUGCGGCAACUCACCAAAGCCAUGCCAUUGUAUGCUGCGAGGUUUUCUGCUCUUCCUAGUUUACCUAAGAUGUUGCAGAAUUUGAGCGGGAAACCUAUUCAGUAUGGGUUUUUGGUUCCUAGUAAAGAUCAUAAACCGGCUUAUAUGGAGAUAUUGGCUUGGUUGUUGAGAGGAGCGUGGGUGACACAACUCAGGACGUUUGCUUGGGUGAAGGUGUCUGCAGAGGUAAAAGCAGCUGUGGGAAUCAAGAUGCGCGCGGACUUUGAAGAGAAAGUGGCGAAACGACCACCGAGUGCGCUGAAACAAGCAGCGUUGAAUUCGAAAUUGAGUCAACAAGGCAGUAACGACAGACGCACCUCUGAAGAUUUCGACUCCAUCUCCGAAGUCGCCAGUUCGAGAUUAUCGAUUGCGAGUUCGCAGCUUUUAUCACCCACAUUGUCAAGAUCUGCCAGCGAUGCAGGAAGCAAUGGUAGUGGAAGAACGGCCAUACCACCACCACCUCAACCCCAUCGAGCGGAAACAUCGCCAAAUCUCCAAGCCACUCGCGAUCUAGCACCCUCGCCUCCAUCUAUUCUUUCAAACAGCAGUAACCACGAUGACGAUACCUCCACCAUCGCCUCUGCAUCCCUGCCUUCCUGCGAUCCUGCAAGCUAUGAACAAACUCUUGUCCUAUCGCCUCAUAAAGCGUCUACUGAAGAAAGUAGAUGGCUUGCUUAUAUCGGCGCGAAUCUGAAAGAUGCAGAAGCAAAAGAAUAUUGGGGUGUACUGGUUAAGCAUUUCGAUGGCAAGAGGGCUAUGGAAGAGAUUGGAGCUAGAGAGGGGUUGAAGAGGAGUAAAGUGCAAGCGCUAUUGCAGAAAUUGGAGGGUGAGAGUGUUGUUCAUGUGGUUAGGCAUUGGUAG